GCUUGAAUGGCGAACAUCACCCAAUUCCUCUCCAUGCGAAGUCGCCGCCACUUCACAUCGACACUCGGUAAUGAAUCGACUCCUUCUCAGUCUCACGCAGCAUCACCGUACAAACCUCUCCCACGCCUUCACCACAAUCUCGCGAACCAAUAUGCCUACCUACACCGGCUCCUGCUACUGCAAAGAGAUAACCUACACGGUCACUCUCGACAGUGCCGAUGCUGGGCGGACCUCAAUAUGCCACUGUUCCAACUGUCGUAAAUGGUUCGGCACGCCAUUCGGUAUCACGACCAAAAUCCCGAAUUCGUCGCUCAACAUCACCGGCGGCAAGCCGGUGGUACACAUGAGCGAUAACGGAUCGGGUACUAGUCUGCACAGGGAGUUUUGCGGGACGUGCGGGAGUGGUAUUCUGGAGUUUGGGGGGAACGCUGGGGAUAAUACCUAUAUCACCUACGGAACAUUCGAUGAGCAAGGACUGGAAGAACUAGGACCCAAAGGGGAGUUUUAUUGCAAGUAUCGGAGGUCGUGGAUGCCGGAGAUUCCAGGAACUUUUCAGAAGAAGGAGAUCAAGGAGUAGAAUUAUGCGGAUCAGGGAGACAGGGUGAAUCUCGGAAGUAGAAAGACUAAAAUUUUAUGUGAACGACGAAUGAUGUGUCGCAGUUUUCCAGAUGCUGGAUUGAUAACUGGAUCAUAUUCUGAGGAGCGUUGGCUCCCUUCUCAAACUGAGUGGACUUUGAUUUCCACAAAUGUUGCUCUAAUGUGAAAACCUACGCCAACUGUUCCUAGAUUUACUUUUGCUUCAUUUAAUGAGGCCGGUGUGGUUAGGAGCAUCACAGGCGCAUCCCAAAGUACCACUGCAAUUCCUUGAAC